AUGAAGCGUGCUGGGGGAUUGACAGAUACUGUAGGAGAAAUUGAAAAAUUUCAGGGUUCUGAAAGCAAGAAGGAAGAUGAAGAAAAGAAGUACCUUGAUGUUAUCAGCAACAAGAACAUAAAGUUGUCAGAGAGAGUUCUGAUCCCUGUCAAACAAUACCCAAAGUUCAAUUUUGUUGGGAAAUUGCUUGGACCAAGAGGAAACUCCUUGAAGAGGUUACAAGAAGAAACAGGUGCAAAAAUGUCUAUCCUGGGAAAGGGCUCCAUGAGGGAUAAAGCUAAGGAGGAAGAACUGAGGAAAAGUGGAGAAGCUAAAUAUGCGCACUUGAGUGAUGAGCUUCAUGUAUUAAUUGAAGUGUUUGCUCCACCUGGGGAAGCAUAUUCUCGUAUGAGUCAUGCCUUGGAAGAAAUAAAAAAAUUCCUCGUUCCCGAUUAUAAUGAUGAAAUUCGUCAGGAGCAACUGAGAGAGCUGUCAUAUUUGAAUGGUUCUGAGGAUUCAGCACGUGGACGGGGUAUUCGAGGAAGAGGGAUCCGUGUGCCACCUGCAGCUCCUUCAAGGGGCCGUGGGGGUGCAAUUCCUCCACCCCUUCCCGGACGAGGUGCCCAAGCACCCAGAGGAGCACCAGUGACUCGUGGAGCUCUCCCUGUCCCACCUGUAGCAAGAGGUGUUCCCACACCUCGAGCAAGGGGGGCCCCAGCGGUCCCAGGCUACAGACCACCCCCACCACCUGCACAUGAGGCAUAUGAAGGAUAUGUAAGUAAUUGCAUGCAUCAAUAACAGACGUGAGCCAAACUGUUGUGGUGAACUACCAGUAUCUCUGGAGCUGAAGAAUCUAGUCAAAUAAGCUCUCUGUCUCUACUGCAUACCUCCUGCUGGUGAAUCACAGUCUAGGUGAUAUAAUGUGGCAGCAGAAUUAUGGUUCGGGUGAUGUGAGUUCACAGAGCUUUUCACAGCUUAGUUUUGGAUAUGAGAAGAUUGUGCUAGUUAGCUCUCAGUUUAUUGCAAAAGAG